AUGAAUUGUUUAUCGCUUUGUUUUCCUAAGCAUGCAACCUUCUCAACGGAUUACCUCCAUUGUGUCCUUUUAGAACUAACUGUCAAUCCUCCAGAAGGAAUUGUUGCCGGUCCAAUUGACGAGAAAAACUUCUUCGAAUGGGAGGCGCUUAUCGCCGGACCCGAAGGGACACCAUUCGAGGGCGGUGUGUUUGCUGCACGACUAUCUUUUCCCAUGGAUUAUCCUCUAUCCCCACCGAAAAUGCAAUUUGUCACGGAACUGUUUCAUCCCAACAUUUAUCCUGACGGUCGUGUUUGCAUUUCCAUUCUCCACGCGCCGGGGGAUGAUCCAAUGGGCUACGAAAGCCCGGUGGAACGUUGGAGUCCUGUGCAAUCGGUCGAGAAAAUUCUCUUAUCUGUUGUGAGCAUGCUAGCAGAGCCGAAUGAUGAGAGUGCGGCCAACGUGGACGCUGCCAAAACUUGGCGUGAGGACAAGAGACGAUUCAACAAACUAGCCUUGCGCAGCGUUCGCUUGAGCUUGGGUUUGCCACCGGAAUGA